CAGCUCAAACAGCCUGCCGCCGGCUUCGUCAUGCGUGACGCCGGCAAGGAUCGGGAUCUUCUCGAACCGCCCCUGAUCUCGCUCCUCUUUCGGAUGUCUGGGAAGGAAGCCCGAGGUUCCGUCUACAACGGGGGCCCAGAUCAGCCCGGCGCUGCCGGAUGGCUGUGA